AUAAAAAGCAUACCAUCAAAGAAACAUUAACUAAAUUACACUAAAACUUUUCAAAUGAAUGAGGUUUAUUUGGAAUUUAAGAAAAAUGUUUAUGGUUUAAAAGAUUUGAUAGUUAUUCAAAUUGAGUUGUGGUUUAUUUUUGCCGUGGUUUAUUUAGAAUUCCCCGUUUAAUUUCAACCAGCUCGUUGAAAAGAAAAGAAAGAAUACACGUGCACCUCCACCCUUGGAACUGCAUCCGAAAUUUCCCUUGCAAUCGCAAACCGACACUUCAAUUUCUAGAUUUUUUUUAAAUUGUUGUCAUUUAAUUUGAUCGAGCUUUUUGUUCUCUUUUCAUGUCACCUCGCAUAUUCAAUCAACCCUCCAAGGAGAUAUUCAAGUUUUUUGUGGAAAAAGAAAACAUGGGUGUGGAUUACUAUGAUGUGUUGAAGGUUAACAGAAAUGCUACCGAGGAUGAUGUGAAGAAAUCAUACAGAAAGUUGGCCAUGAAAUGGCACCCUGAUAAGAACCCCAACAACAAAAAGGAAGCUGAAGCCAAUUUCAAACAGAUUUCAGAGGCUUACGAGGUGCUGAGUGACCCUCAGAGAAGGUUGGUUUAUGAUCAGUAUGGAGAGGAGGGGUUGAAAGAUAAGCCACCGGACGAACCAUCAAAUGGGUUCAACCCCAGAAAUGCAGAGGAUAUUUUUGCAGAGUUCUUUGGAAGUAGCCCUUUUGGAUUUGGAUCAUCUGGGCCAGGGAAAUCUAAGAGAUUCCCCUCUGAUGGAGGGACUACAACAUUUGGUGGAUUUAGUGCAAAGGAUAAUAAUUUUCGAUCAUAUAGUACUGGACGGGGGAAUGUGCUAAAGAAGCCACUGCCUGUGGAAUCCAAACUGCCUUGCUCUUUGGAGGAAUUGUACACUGGCUCUACUAGGAAAAUGAAGAUCUCAAGGAAGACCGUGGAUGCUAACGGAUGGACAGUUCCGGAAACAGAGAUAUUGACCAUUGAUGUGAAGCCGGGUUGGAAGAAAGGGACAAAGAUUACGUUCCCUGAGAAAGGGAAUCAAGAACCAAAUCAAUUGCCAGCAGACCUUGUGUUUGUGAUUGACGAGAAGCCUCAUGAUGUGUUCAAGAGAGACGGGAAUGACCUUAUUGUGAACAAAAGGGUAUCAUUGGCUGAGGCCAUUGGAGGAACCACAAUAAACCUCAACACGCUUGAUGGACGAAUUUUAAAUGUUCAAGUCACUGACAUUGUGAGUCCUGGAUACGAGAUGAAUAUUGCAAAAGAAGGGAUGCCAAUAACAAAGGAGCCUGGUCAUAGGGGUGAUCUCAAGAUCAAAUUUGAUGUCAGUUUUCCUACAAAGUUGACCCCAGAGCAACGAGCAGGACUCAAGCGAGCACUCACAAGUUGAUCAUUCUUUUGAAUUGAGGCCAUUUGGAAGUGUAGUCAUCUAUUUAUCUUCGUACCUGUUCUUCAAUGUUUCUCAUAUUUGCCUACAAAGCUCUUGGUUUUCUUACCAUUUGUCUGUUUUUCUCCGUCAUUUGUUAUAGUUGUCCGUCGUUUUUACUUUUUUUGGGGAGGGGGAGGGGUGUUCUAAGUGGGUCUUUCCUUUGCUGUACUUCUUUGCUGAAGAUGUAAAUAUAAUAUAGGUUCUAAAUU